CAAAAUUCAGUGCCCCUCCAAUCCCAUGUCAAACACCAAAAAUAGAAGAAACAUAAAAUACCAACCAAAGACAUGAAAAUCGCAUCCGCCAAUUCAUUCAUCCUCAGGUGCUUCCUCGUCUCCCUCUUCCUCUCCCUCCCCUUCCUCCUCCUCCUCCACCUCUUCUCCCAACCACAACCCCGCCACCCUCCUCCCUCCUCCACCUCCAUCACCACCAUCACCACCGCCGGCCUCAAAAUCAGACCCGGUUACACCUCCUACGACGCCUACAUACAACACCAGCUCAACAAGACCCUCAACCCUAAGCUCCGGAAAGUAUGGACCACGCGCGAUUGGAACCGCAAGAUCCCCGUCUUCGCGCGCUUCUUCCAAGAACUGAAGGACAAACACCUUCUCCACAACGCCUCCAAGGCUCUCUGCAUCGGCGCGCGCGUCGGCCAGGAGGUCGAGGCCUUGCGGCGCGUGGGAGUCACCGACUCCAUCGGGAUAGAUCUUGUUCCCUUCCCUCCCCUCGUUGUAAAAGGCGAUUUCCAUAACCAACCCUUUGAUAACGACACCUUCGAUUUUGAAUUCUCCAACGUCUUCGACCACGCUCUCUACCCUCACAAAUUCGUUGCAGAGAUUGAGCGCACGCUCAAGCCCAACGGUAUCUGCGUCCUCCACGUGGCACUCUCUCGCCGCGCCGAUAAGUAUUCCGCCAACGACCUCUUCAGCGUGCAGCCUCUCGUGGAGUUGUUCAAGAACUCACGCCUCCUUCAAGUUCGCAACGUCGAUGGCUUCGGCUUGGACACUGAGGUCGUCUUUCGCAAGAAAAUCAAACAAUAACAAAUUCUCAUCCAUAACCAACACUUUGUAAUACCUUCUUCGUCUCUAUAUCUUUCUUUUCCUUUUUUUUUUCUCAUUUACACGUGAAUUUUGUAAUUUUUUUUGUUUAAUAAGCUUAAAAUUACUUUUGUUCUUUGGAGGAGAGUGUUAGUGGUGGCGGUGGUGGUGAUGAUGAAGAAUGUGGAAUUUGAGGCUAAUGGCAUGGGUUAUUAUUGCAACGUAGUAACUGUGCAUUUGGUUAGGUGACGACAUAGAUUGAUAGAUAGAUAAGAUGGCACUUUGCUUAAACUACACAUUUAGUUGCGCUCUGUGUACAACAUUUUGAGCACUUUUGGGAAUCUCAUCUUUCCGUGUAGUAUUAUAAUUGGAUUGGAUAUUUCGAUUCAAUAACUUAUAACUGUUU